GCGGGGCCUCCCCGCGCCUGCGCCGUGCGCGGUGACCCUGAGCGGCGGCGGGGCAACAUGGCGGCGGCGGCGGCCCUGAAGGUGCGGCAGCUAAGCACGACGGCGGCGAGGCCGGUGUCCAAACUGGUGAAGCCGCCCAUCCAGGUGUACGGGCUGGAAGGACGCUAUGCCACCGCCCUGUACUCUGCAGCCAGCAAGCAGAAGAAGCUGGAGCAGGUGGAGAAGGAGCUGACCCGGGUGUGGGUAAGGUGUUCCACAGCCGGAGCUCCCUGGGUGUGGGAGCAGGGGGGGUUUCCCUGUUUCUCAGGAGGGAGGUGGGCUUGGCUCCUGCAGCCUCUGAGACUCCCAGACCCCUGGCACAUGUGCUGCCUGCCUUAUGCCCCAGUGUUUCAAUUGGAUAUUGGGAAGGAAUUCCUGGCUGGGAGGGUGGGGAGGCCCUGGCACAACUUCUCUUCUGUUCCUGUUUUUCAGCCCUUGGCUGAGGCCAGCCUGACUGAACUGAAAAGUGCUCUGAAUGGAUUCCUGGCUAAAGGAGAGGUCUUGAAGCUGGAGACCAAGACUGACCCCUCGAUCCUCGGCGGGAUGAUUGUCAACAUUGGGGAGAAGUACGUGGACAUGUCAACAAGGUCCAAGAUCCAGAAACUCACCAAGAUCAUGAGAGAGUCUGUCUAGAGAGCUGUCCUGGUCAUUCCCGAGGAAACCUGGCUGAUGGAAACAAUAAAAUUCCUCCUUCUCGAGUA